GAUGUUUAUUCACAAAACAGCAUAUAAAACAGAAGCUAGUGUUGCUAGAAACCAUUAUUAUUUCUCAGCAACUACCAAUCAAAAUGAUUCGAGCUGCAUUAUUCGUUGCUUUAUUUGCCUUGGCCGCUGCUGCUAGCCUUUCUUUUGACUCCCAAUGGGAAUCAUUCAAGACUAAAUAUGGCAAAUAUUAUGCAUCAACUGCAGAAGAAACCUUCAGACGAAAUGUUUUUGCCCAAAAAUUGGAAGAAAUAAAGGCUCACAAUAGAAGAGCAGACAACGGUGAAGUUACCUACAGAAAAGGAAUCAACAAGUUCUCUGAUUUGACCGCCGAGGAAUUCAAAGCAAAAUAUCUUGGAUUCAAGCCCACUGCUCGCCAAUCCACAUCAUUCAUUCACAAAGUAAACUACACCGUCAAAGUUCCAGCCUCAGUUGACUGGCGAACCAAAGGAAUCGUUAGUGAAGUCAAAAAUCAACAGGAAUGUGGCUCGUGCUGGGCUUUCUCUGCCAUCGCUGCUAUCGAAUCAGCCAACGCUCAAAAAACUGGUAAACUUGUUGAACUUUCAGAACAAAACGUGUUGGAUUGCUCAUGGAAUUACAAUGGUACCGGAUGUGACGGUGGUAAGAUGGACUAUGCUUUCUCGUAUGUCAUAGACAACAAGGGUAUUGAUACUGAAAAAUCUUACCCUUACAUCUCUGGUCACGGAAAAGAUUAUCACACAUGUCGAUAUACUGAAGCCAACAAGGGUGGUUCAAUCUCAUCUUUUGUUGAUAUACCAGAAGCUGAUGAGAAUGGCCUUUUAUCUGCAGUUGCUGAACGUGUUGUUUCAGUUGCCAUAGAUGCCAUGAAACUCCAGUCUUAUGAAUCUGGUAUUUAUACUGGUGAAUGUUACAGCUGGUAUCAGACACUUAACCAUGGGGUAGCUGUUGUUGGUUACGGCUCUGAAAACGGUACUCCAUAUUGGAUUGUCAAGAAUAGUUGGGGCACAGAUUUUGGUGAAUCAGGUUACUUCAGAUUGUACAGAGGCAGCAACUGGUGCGGUGUUGCUGAGGCAGCUUCUUACCCAAUUGUUUGAAUUGUCAAUAACCUUUGUAUCAACCUCGACUUAUUGGUAUAUUAAAUUUUGAGCAAGGAUUAUUCAA